AUGGAUCGCAAGAAAGUCCUAGUCCUCGGCGCUACUGGGCCUACUGGGAUUUGUGUGUUAAGAGAGCUUCUCUCUCGAAAUGUUCCAGCAUUGGCUUUUUGUCGAAAUCCCAGCAAAAUUCCAAAAGACCUGUCUGAUAACGCACUGCUCGAGAUUACGAAGGGGGAUAUGACCAACAGCGAGGAAUUGUCUAAAGCAAUUUCUAAAUCUCGCGCCAUAAUAUCUUUACUCGGACCUAGUGCCGAGCGCCUACCACGGGAUACUUUCGCCGAUAUCUAUCGAAUAAUCGUCCCUUUGAUGAAGCAACAUGGCGUACACCGCCUGGUAGCUCUCGGAACAACCGCAAUCUAUCGCCGCGAUGACAAGAAAUCUAUCACGCGUGCCCUUAUGGCUGGCCUCAUUCGGGKGAUCGUAAACAGCGCGUACCAAAAUGUGAUGGCUAUCCAAGAAUACUUCGAGUCGGUCAAUGAUCCGUCGAUCGAGUGGACAGUAUAUCGCCUAGGGUGGCUCUCUGGUACGAGUGAGCCAGCUGCGUGGUCUGAGGACCGGACCAAAGGGGAGGCUUAUGCAGGACCUGUCGCAGGACCAGGUUUCACAUCUGGAGUCAACAGAAGUAUUUUGGCCAAGUGGCUGGUCGAUACGUCUUUGGACCCAAACGCCAAAUGGGCGCACCAAAUGCCGGCUGUUAGUAACCUGCACAAUUAG